AUGGUGUAUGCUAAGUGCAAUCAGAGAGAAAGGCUAGACUUAUGGGAAAGUUUGGAGGAAAUGGCUGCUAGAAUGGACAGACCAUGGAUGAUAGGUGGGGAUUUUAAAGUUAUAACUUCUCAAGAAGAGAAAUAUAGAGGUUUGUCAGUUAGUGCAAAUGAAAUACAAGACUUCCUUUCUUGCAUUCAGAAUUGUGAAGUUAAUGAUCUUGGUUUCAAGGAAAAAAUCAAUCGCUUAAUCAGAACUGGAUCUGAUCAUGCUCCCAUGUUGAUUUCUUAUUCUGGGAAUACAAUUCCAAUUAGCAAACCUUUCAAAUUCUUGAAUUUUUGGGUGAAAAAUGAAACUUUUCUGGAUAAAAAAGCUGGUAUGCAAUGGUUUGAAGAUGGAGAUAGAUAUACCAAAUUCUUUCAUGAAUAUGUACAAGGAAGAAGAAAGAGACUGCAUCUGAAGAGAAUACAAGAUCAAAAUGGAAUGUGGCUGGAAGAUGAGAAUGGAAUUGCAGAGGAGGCAAUAAGGUUCUUCACAGAUCAGUUUACUAAAGAAAAUGAUCCUACUAGGUUUGAAAUUCUAGAUCAUUUACCACGAAUGAUUUCAAAAGAUCAAAAUAGUAGGAUCAUAGAAAUGCCAAAUGAAGAGGAAAUAAAAACGAUUGUUUUUAGUCUUAACAGAGAAAGUUCUGGAGGCCCAGAUGGAUUUACUGGUUUAUUUUACCAGACUUGUUGGAGCAUAAUAGGAGGGGAUAUUACUAAUAUGGUAACAUCCUUUUUCAAUGGUGCUGCCUUACCUAAGUUCAUUACUCAUACUAAUUUAGUCCUAUUACCAAAAAUGGAUGUAACUAAUACCUUUUCUGAUAUGAGACCUAUUAGUUUGAGUAAUUUUGUGAACAAGAUCUUUCCAAGAUUGAUACAUGAAAGGCUGGCAGAGAAUCUAUCAGAUAUUAUUUCUUUGAAUCGGGCUGGUUUUUUCAAGGGAAGGAGUAUAGUAGAAAAUGUUCUAUUAACUCAAGAGAUCAUUGCAGAUAUUAGGCUGAGAAAUAAGAAAGCUAAUGUGGUUAUAAAACUAGAUAUGGCAAAAACAUAUGAUAGGGUGUCAUGGUUGUUCUUAACCAAGGUUCCCCAAUUUAAAGGUUUUGGCCUGCCUAAGUGGAGUCCUAAGGUGAAUCACCUUGCAUAUGCAGAUGACAUGAUUAUCUUCUCUUCAGCAGAUAUCAUGUCAUUGCAGUUGAUCAUGGAGGUUUUGGGAAAAUAUGAAGCUACAUCAGGGCAGGAGAUCAAUAAGGAGAAGCGUUCAGUGUAUCUUCAUCAUGGAGUGACAGGGGACAUCAAGGCGAUUGUGGAAGUGAUAUGGUGGAAUUUUAGAGCAUCACCUUCCUUGUGGAGUUUUUUCAUUAGUAAUAAAUACAACAAGAAAGUACAUGCAGUUGUGGCUCAGUGGAAAUACGGGACACAGGCCUGGAAAAAUAUGUCGCAAGCUAGAGAAUUGGUGGAGCAUCAUAUAUGGUGGCAGACCAAGAGAUGGGAUUCACAAUUUUGGUAUGACAACUGGACAAGACUUAGUGCACUUUAUUAUGCAGAUGGAGGGGAUACUUAUGAUGAUAACAUCUAG